AUGUUAGAUGAGCAGACUUACGCCGUCGAUGCUGUGCGCAAACUCAUCACUGAAGAUAGACAUGUGACAUAUCGCGAGAUUGAGACGUCCUUGAAGAUCUCAAAGACCUCAAUUCAAAAAAAUAAAUUAGUUUCGAAAAAGAUGGUCGCGACAUUUGUGUCAAAAGCGGGUCAUAUUGCAACAAUUCCUCUUAAUGAGCAAAGAACUGUUACUGCGGAUUGGUAUACCACCAUUUGUUUGCCAAAAGUCAUCAUCGAGCUUCGAAAAAUCAACCCCGAAAAAAGAAUCAUCCUCCACCAAGGCAAUGCAAUCUCGCACACAGCCCAAAAGACAAGGCAGUAUUUAACGGAAGAAAACGUGGAAUUAUUGGACCAUCCUCCCGAUCUAAGUCCUAACAAUUUCUUUACUUUCCCGAAAAUUAAAAACAGACUGCGUGGUCAAAGGUUCCAGUCACCAGAAGAAGCAGUUGACGCAUUCAAAAAUGCCGUCUUGGAUCUGCCAGCAAACGAGUGGAAUAAGUGCUUCGAAAAUUGGUUCGAACGCAUGCAGAUUUGUAUUAAUCUUCGUGCAGAAUAA